AUGGCGCCCUUGGCCAUUCGACAAAAUCACUCCCUUGGUCCCUCGCUUCCCCGUCCUCACAAUGGACCCCAUACAAAGCCUGUUGACGUGAAAACCCACAUCGACCCUGUGGUAUUUGCGGAGCUGUUUGCCGGAACGGUGGGAAUAUUCAUACUCUCUGUUUUGGUUUGGAAGACUGGCCACCUUAUUCGCUCGUUUACCCAACACAGGGUUGUGGGCCCAGGAAAAUCUCCGACCACUCGAUAUGCAAAGACGUGGUAUGGGUGGGUUACCAUCCAAACACAUGAGAGAAACAAACAAUUCCUUCGCGAUAUAUUUUCCAAAUUGGGAGACUGGACUGCCUGGAAAUCGACUAGGACGGACUAUCAAUGGGCGUGGUGGGAUCCCGGCCAGGAGGCUUUGGAGACUAGGCGUCGGGAUCGAAAACGAUUGCAAUGGCUACCGAAAUUCCUGAUUAAUUAUGAAUCGCCUAUUGCUGACGAUAUCUGGAACCCAGGUCCGAGUUCUGAAUGCCGCGGCGCGCUGAGUGAGAUUGCGGAGGUGACAGAAGUGACCGAAGUGACAGAGGCAGCAGAGGCCGAAGAACCUCAGAUAGCAGAGACAAGAAAAGAAGUUUCCGAGGAGAAUACCCAACCAAUAGGAGAGAUACGUAUCGGGAUAAAUAGCAAAGAGGAUCAUCCUGUCAUUUUGAAGACCCAGGAAGUCAACAGACGCCGUCAUUCAAGAUUUAGUGCGGGCACCUCCGAAGAGGUUGUUUGGUCUGAUGCGAGGAUGCAUAUUUGGUCAUCCACCCUAUCCUUUGAAAACGAACAGAUUUCUACCUUGAGAGAUAUCCCUUGCGUCAAGAGGGAUGCAUUUCUGGGGCGACACUCAAGUAUUGAUGAAGAAACCAUACACCUGGCACAAUUUGAUGGACCGAGCAGCCCUCGACAGACGAAAGCACGUCAGCCAGCUGCCUACCAAGGCCACCAAGCCCUAAGAGAUCAUACUCGCCAGACUACCAUUUUCCGCUUCCGCCGUGGACAUGCGAGGAAGUACCAGGAUUGGUCAGCGCAGAUGCAAACAAAAGCAAAGAGACCUUCGCUGUAUGACCUUAGAGAUUCAUCUGGACCGCCCGGGACGCCCUUUACCGAGAAUCUGACAAACUUUACCUCGGAGCACAGCGCAACAGGGGAUACUUUGAAGAGACAAGCGGCGGCGAUUAGCAAAAAUUCAAAGACUUUGACUAGACGACUUCCGCUUACAGUUGAAAAGAGCAGCAUGAUAAGCCGAGGCUCUUCUGCGCAUCGGAGCGACCUCCAAGUGGCGAAAGCCCACUACAGCACCGUACCACUGCGGCUGAAAAGAAAACCCCAAGGGAUAUACCAUUCCCGAGAUUCACGGGAUCUGCGACACUCUUUAUAUGAGUUGAAGCCCACCACUGCUAGUAGGCACUCCAUCCACGAUAUAUUACGGGAUCAGGAAAGGGGCCGAUCCCGAUAUCAAGGCCAUCGCCUCUCCCAUAAUCGCAUUCUGGAAGGUACCUCGUUAUCUUUCAAAGAAGUCAGCGACGGGGAAUUGAGACUUUUACACGAGUUAGACCGGAAAUUGUUAUGGCUGUUCAACGAAAUGACUCCUGGACAAAAGCCUUACCACUUUGCUUUACUUGCAAAUCACUGGCUGAAUCGAGAAACUUGGCUGGUGAUUGAUCCCAUCUCAAGAGUCUCUAACGAUGCGCGAAGAAGGCAAGGUGAUCCACGCUUCAACGUCCCUUAUCCAGAACCAGAACUGAAGCGAAAAUCCAAGUAUCCAGAGAACUUACGGAAGAAGGCAUUCACACCUCGAAUUGACUCAUGGCGCGCCGCCGUCAACCGACAGAGAAGAAUUUCAGGGGCCCGGGAAAUCUUAAAGCUGGUGGACUUAUAUGAAGAUUCCGCUGAAGAGCCACCGGAAGGGCAUAUUGACCCUGCGUGCUGGAUUUUGCCAAAGCCGCCCCAAGGGUUUGAAAUGUCGACUAGACAGAAACAUGCUUGGUACGAGGGAGGGGCCGGAUGGCAGGAGAGACUUGACGACUGGCAACGAGUGAGUCGUGGCUAUCGGCUCCACAAAGCCGUAUUCGAGGGACGCGUUAACCGGAAUCGGGCCAUAGAGCUUGGACAGAGAUUUGGCGGAUACUGUCGUCAAACAUUAUUCAGCUUGAAUCCUGGGAUUAGUGGAAGCAACGUCGCUUCCCCUGCCAUCAGUCCAUGA